UUCUUUGUCAUGCUGUCUCUGUUUCCUUUAGCUUUUGUGCCUCACUCUUUUCUUUACUUUAUUUUUCUAAGAGAAGAAGAUAACUUUCUGUUUGUUUAUUACUGAGCUCAGUAUGUGUCUCUCCUUCUCUGUGACCAUUUACUAACUGACUGUCCAUUGGAUCAACUCUGCACGAGUUGGAGUUGGCUGUGAACUUUUUCACAAGGACUCCACUGAGUGAAAUAACCCGAGUUCUCUCCUGAGCGAUGGUCGCUUGACUUUUUCCCGGCAACUGCGUAACUAUGGAGUGCAGGCAUGGGGCAGAAAUUGGGCAAAAAAAACGAGUGUUGUCAUCAGAGAUGGACCGCUGUGGAGUAAUUUAGAAGUGGACUGAAAAAGAAGAUCACAUCUCUAGGGAUCUUGUUUCACUUGUGUAUCUGUGGAUAACAGGAAAGGAUUAAGAAGACGGACAAAGAGGAAGAUCUUUUUUAUUUUACAUUUUCGCUGUUGAUGUGUUUUAUGUAGCGUCUUUACACUGUACAAAGUGCCAACUGACCAGCAAAUUGGCCUUUUUGAGGAUUACCCGUCUGGAAACAAAUGUUUGCUUACAAAGCUGUUGACAAAAGUUGGAAACAAAGAUUUCUGCCUUGGAGACGGAGUGUGUGCGUGCGCUUGCGUGUCUUAGUGUUUGGGUUAUGUGAGCGUGUUGUUGCAGUUGUGUCAGGACCUUGGUGUGUGUGUGUUUAUUUAUGUAGCUUCUCUAUACACGAGAAGUUCUGUGUGUCUGUGUGAUGCGUGGCUGUGAGACUGCUAGUUGCCCAUCUGUCCUUGGUGCAGACGGACACAGGGAGGGACAAACAUGUGUUUCCAUGGCGAUGAGCGGAUGUAGCCCCUUCCCCAUGUGUUGGGACAGAGAAUAUGACAGACACAUAGCAGCAGCAGCAGCAGCAGUGUCAGCAGGGAAAACCAUGGCGACGGCCUAUCUGGACCCCAACCUGAACCAUGCCCUCCUGGGAGGCGCCAAGUCACGGCUGAGCGCGGGGGGGUCGGAUCGAACCAUGGCCGGAUCCGUGGACAGAGUUCUGAAAGUCUUCCAUCACUUUGAGACCAACACUGAACACAGCUGCUGGUCCUCCAAUAUCAGAUAUGGAGACGCAACCGAUGUCAGGGGAAUCAUCCAGAAGAUUCUGGACAUCCACAAAGUGCGCUGGACGUCUUGUUUUGGUCUGCGUCUCAGCAACAGCCAAUCCAGAGACCAGGUGCACUGGCUCCACCCUGAUAUGGGCGUGUCCCACGUCAGAGAGAAUUAUGACCUGGCACGACCAAAUGAGGAGUGGAGGUACGAGUUAAGGAUCCGGUAUCUUCCAAAGGGCUUUGUGCAGCAGUUUACAGAAGACAAACCUACACUCAACUACUUCUACCACCAGGUGAAGAAUGACUACAUGACGGAGAUCGGGGAACAGGUGGAACAAGAUGUAGCUCUCAAACUGGGCUGUUUAGAAAUCAGGAGGUUCUUCAAAGAGAUGAGAGGAAACGCCCUUGACAAGAAAUCCAACUAUGAACUAUUGGAGAAAGACGUUGGUUUGAGGCGUUUUUUCCCAAAAGACCUGUUGGAUUCAGUCAAGGCUAAAACUCUUCGUAAGUUGAUUCAGCAGACAUUCAAGCAGGUAGCCAAUCUAAAUGAUGAGCAGUGCAUCCUGAAGUUUUUGGAGAUACUUGCACCAAUCUACCGCUACGACAAGGAGUGCUUCAAAUGUGCUCUUGGGUCCAGCUGGGUGAUCCAGGUGGAGUUAGCUAUCGGGCCAGAGGAAGGGAUCAGCUACCUCACUGACAAGGGGUCCACGCCCACCCAUCUAGCUAACUUCAACCAAGUUCAGUCCAUCCAGUACUCGGCUAUGGAGGAGAAGGACAGGAAAGGGAUGCUACAGCUUAACGUAGCCGGAGCUGCUGAGCCUCUCACAGUUACGACAGCAUCACUGACCAUGGCAGAAAACUUGGCUGACUUGAUUGACGGUUACUGUCGGCUCAUCACCAUGGAAACUCACUCUUUCAUCGUCAGAUUUCAGAAAGAGGGAGAGAGAGCACUGCCUUCCAUCCCAAAAGUAUCCAAUAAUGAGAAAAAGUUAGAAGCAGUCAGGAGUGGAGUAAGAGCUAUCUCUGUCUCAGACCUUGUGACAUCGACGCCUCCUAAGCCAACCAAGGCGCGGCGUUUCCUCCUCCCCUUUGUCUUCUGUUCAGAUUCGCCGCCCAAUGUCCUCACUCCACCAACACAUUGCAACCUCCUGGGAAAGGAGACUGAUGACUAUGCUGAGAUAGUUGAUGAAGAGGACACAUACACCAUGCCCUCCAUCAGCUAUGGAGUAGUUGAAGCGCGGGAUUAUGAGAUCCUGAGGGACAGGAUAGAGUUGGGCCGCUGCAUAGGAGAGGGUCAGUUUGGAGAUGUACACCAAGGAGUCUAUAACAGCCCGGACAAACCAGAUCUCCCCGUCGCCAUUAAGACCUGUAAGAACUGCACAUCAGACAGUGUCAGAGAAAAGUUCCUACAAGAAGCAUUGACAAUGCGUCAGUUUGACCACCCUAACAUCGUCAAGCUGAUCGGAGUGAUCACAGAAAACCCUGUGUGGAUCAUCAUGGAGCUCUGUACGCUUGGAGAGUUACGUUCGUUCCUUCAGGUGAGGAAGUACAAUUUGGAUUUGGCCACUCUCAUUCUGUUCGCCUACCAGCUCAGCACAGCACUCGCAUAUCUGGAGAGUAAACGCUUCGUACACAGGGACAUAGCGGCUCGCAAUGUGUUGGUCUCGUCAGUUGACUGUGUGAUGCUCGGAGACUUUGGUCUCUCACGAUACAUGGAGGACAGCUCUUACUACAAAGCUUCUAAAGGUAAACUUCCUAUCAAAUGGAUGGCUCCUGAAUCUAUCAACUUCAGGAGAUUCACCUCUGCCAGCGAUGUCUGGAUGUUUGGUGUGUGCAUGUGGGAGAUCUUGAUGUAUGGCAUCAAGCCUUUCCAAGGGGUGAAGAACAAUGACGUGAUUGGCAGGAUAGAAAACGGCGAGCGAUUGGCUAUGCCUCCUCAGUGCCCGCCCACCCUCUACAGUUUGAUGACAAAGUGUUGGUCGUAUGACCCCAGCAAGCGACCGCGUUUCACCGAACUCAAAACACAACUCAACACCAUACUGGAUGAAGAGAAGAUGCAGCAAGAGGAGAGACUUCGGAUGGAGAUGAGGAGACAAGUCACCGUGUCCUGGGACUCUGGAGGGUCUGAUGACGCACCGCCUAAACCCAGUAGACCAGGUUACCCCAGUCCUCGUUCCAGUGAAGGUUUCUUCUCCAGCCCCCAACUCAACCACUUCUCGCCAUCAGCCCAUGGUGGUGUAGGAGGCAGCUACCCUCCUACUGAUUCCUGGACUCAACACAGACCUGAACACACUGCAGUGUGGAGCCCUAACAUGGAGCCCCCGUGUUUUCUACGGGACGGUGGAUGUGUCGGCCAUGCUAUGAUGGAGGAGAGGCUGAUGAUGCAGCAACAACAGAUGGAGGACGACCAGCGGUGGUUGGAGCAGGAGGAGAGCUUCAUGGUUAUGAAGGCCGAGUCCAGAAACAGCAGAGGAAGCAUUGACAGAGAGGACGGCAUACUGCAAGCGCCGGGUGGAAGUCAACAUAUCUACCAGCCAAUCGGGAAACCAGAGCAUGUGGCUCCUCCUAAGAAACCGCCCCGCCCCGGAGCUCCUGCUCACCUUGGCAACCUGGCCAGUCUCUGCCCCGUGGACAGCUACAACGAGGGGGUCAAGCCGUGGAGGUUGCAGCCUCAGGAGAUCAGCCCGCCCCCCACCGCAAACUUGGAUCGUUCUAACGACAAAGUGUAUGAGAACGUGACCGGUUUGGUUAAAGCUGUGAUUGAGAUGUCCAACAGGAUUCAGCCUGCAGCUCCAGAGGAGUACGUCCCAAUGGUCAAGGAGGUGGGUCUGGCACUGAGGACUCUGCUAGCAACAGUUGACGAGACACUUCCUUCGCUGCCGGCCAGCACACACAGAGAGAUUGAAAUGGCCCAGAAGUUGUUGAAUUCAGAUCUGGCCGAGUUGAUAGCAAAGAUGAAACUGGCUCAACAGUAUGUCAUGACGAGUUUACAAAAGGACUACAAGAAACAGAUGCUAAUGGCAGCUCACGCGCUCGCAGUCGACGCCAAGAACCUGCUGGAUGUCAUCGACCAAUCACGACUGAAGAUGAUCCGCCCGUAUUAGUUCUGUUGCUGUGGAGAUGGACUGCAGUCGCUCUUAGCCAAUCACAAUGAGGAGAGAACAUUUUUAGAUGGAUAUCAGUGAUGGACAGGUGAAAAAAUGAACUAAUGGACAGCAGACAUGACGGACUGAAACAAUCCGCUCCCUCUCCUCCUUCAAACAUUCAUCGUUUCCUUUUUCUCCCUGGCCAGGGUCAUGUGUUGGUCAUUAUUGUGUUGUUUUGUACUUUUUUGUUGCAUUAUUUGCUGUUGUAUCCAGAAAAAACGCUCCUCUCUCCCAUCACCUUUCCUCAGAGAUGAGGUUUUUUAAAGAAAAUCAUCCAUUACUACUUUUUAAUCUUUGAACAAAGUGAAUCAAACAAAGGUUUCAGAGGCUCGCUUGAAGGACUGCAGAGAUAUUUCGGUGAAUGGACGCACCGAAAUGUGCCACAAAAACACGACUAACACUCUCCACAUGUGCAGGAUGAAACAACUGGAACUGAAGAGCCAGGAUGAGGAGGAUAAUGAAGAUGAUAUGAUAAUGUUGUUGUUUAAACAUGCUUUUAUAUCAUUAUUAAUUAUUAUUAUUAUUACUAUUUUCAGCCUUGACUCUUUACAGUAUUUCUCUAUGUUCAGUCUUCCUCAUGAAAAUUCAAUGGGCAAAAAUAAUUGAUUUACAGCUGCUCAUAAAUGUCAUCAUUUCAUCUCUUUUCCAUCUUCUCUCCAGAUCUCUUUAUCUCAGGCAUCAAGAGAUGGCAUAACAAUGAAAUAUGAAAGCUGUAUUUUGAAGAACAAGCUACAUGUCACAGGCCACUUUUUAAGUUAACUUGCAUAGUAAAUAUACAAAGAAGCUAUAUUUUUAACACGUUUCUGAGGCAUGAAUUGUUAGUGAAUAAGGGAGAGGGAUGAACAGGGGGGAGUGAAGGGACCGAGAGGCAACAGGUGGAGGGAGGCUGGUUUUUGACUUACAAUGGAGGUCCUGAUUAUACUGUACAGUAGGUCACCCUGUGCCAGACGAACUGCAAUCGACUAAAAAGGAACAUUUCACUCAAAUAACAUUUGUUUGCUCAAUAAUUAAACCAUUUAGGAGCAACUUGCCUGUUAUUUUUGCAGAGGUUUCUACAAAAAUAUAAAAAGAAUCAUGGUUUCUUCAUUGCUUGUUUUGUAUAUUGAAGCCAAAUUGUGUUGCUGCAUGAGUCAUGUUGUGGGUUCCCUUUAUCCCAUUUGUUUCCCCACAAAUGUUCACUCAACAAUACGCAGUGCAAGCUUUCAGUUACACUCUCUUUGUCAAAUUUUCUUCAGUUUAGUCGAUCCAGGAAUUGGAUUUUCAGGGACAUUUUUUGGACAACAAUUCAGUUUCAUAUUUAGAGUAGAAUUACACUUUAAUACUAAUCAGUCUAUGUAUUAUGGAGUGAAUUAAAGUUACCGUUUCUUGUUUUACUCUUCUUAAAACCAGGGACAGAUGCACACCUUUAACCAGUGUUGGCUUGACUAAAGUAUGGGGUUUGUCUUGAUCAUGGGGUUUAUCUUUUAAUUGGGUCAUGUCCAACAUGAUAUGCUCUUUAUCUCCCCUCCACCAGUCCUUCUGUAUGUCUACCUCCCUCCACUGGAGUUAUUUAUACCUUUUAUUCCCUCUCUUCUGCUCCAUCACCCCUACAUUUCUACUUUUUCUCCACUCCUCCCUCUCGGAUUCUCUCUCCAUUCCACUGUCCCUCCCCUCUCCCCUGAGGUGAGCAGUAUUCUCAGGAAGGAGUCACAUGUACAGUUGCUAAACCAAGCAAAUAAAAACACUGUUAUCAUUAAGAAA